UGUAUAUACAAGAUGACUAAUUAGAUUAUUCAUUAUAAACUAUCGUACUUUGAAUACUAGUUUUCAAAUUAGAUAAGACGUCAUUUUUUAGUAGGCUGCCAAAAUCAAGUACCGUCCCAGGCAAUGAUUUAUUAAGAAAAUGUAUCUUUUGUUAACGUUCAAAAAUCAACUAGAACAUACACAGCUACAAAAAAAACACACGAUAAAUACUAUAUUUUACCUAUAAAAUAAGGUUAAAUUUAUAAACCAAAACAAAGACAAAGUAAUGGACCCGGAAAAAGAGCAAAUUAGAGAACAAACCUUUUGGAAAGCCAAGCUAGCGCAGGAGGCAAGCAGAUUUGAAGAUAUGGCUAAGUAUAUGAAAAUUGUAGCCGAGAUCAAUGGUCCAAUGUCAAAGGAGGAGGAUAAUAUGUUUGCUAUGGCGUAUAAGCGCAUUUUGGAACACAAGCGGAAUUCCCGGCGUACGUUGAUUACCAUCGAACAGAAUGAUGCGUCAUUAUUACUGGAUAAAGAAAUCGUUAUAGAGUACCGAUCUCAAAUUGAAACUGAGCUUCAAAAUAUUUGUAGUGAGGUGCUAUUAGUUAUAGAAAAUACAUUAAUACCAAAAGCAUCCAAUCCGUCCGCCAAAGUGUUUUAUUGGAAGCUACGAGGCGACUAUUACCGGUACAUGGCCGAGUUGAAUGAAAUAGAUGAUCGUACAACCGCAGUGACAGAAUCGCAGACUGCGUAUGAACAGGCUAGCGAAAUAAGUCGGAAAUCACUGUGUCCCACUCAUCCUCUUCGGUUAGGUUUGAUGCUCAAUUAUUCUGUAUUUUUGUAUCAGAUAUGUCAGGAAAAAUCUCGAGGACACCAAGUAGCCAACCAAGCAUACGAAGAUGCUAUAGCCGAAAUGGACGUACUCGAGGUAGAUAGUUAUAAUGACUCGACAUUAAUCAUGCGGCUCCUUCGGGAUAAUAUAAAAAUUUGGAAUCAAGAAAAUGGAGGAACGCCUGAGGAUGAGUAGCAACUAAAUAUUCAACCCAUCGACUCUUCUGAAAAUGCUGUUUAAGAAAUCUCCAUCAACGUAACAUAAAUCUAUUGUAAUUUGAUAACAGCUAUUUUCUCCAUAUUUUACCAACACUAUUCUAAACAUAAACAUUCUAUGCAUUAUGUAAUUUUUCAAUUUUAACACAAAAUGUUACCUUAAAAAUUUGUACUGAAUGAAAAAUUUACUUGAUUUUUUAAAUUAUCCAAUAGAAUGUUAGAAAGGAGUUAAUAAUUGAUUUUAAUUUAUUUUCAGAAUUUAUAUCAUUUGAAAUAGUUAAAUUGGUUGUAACAAAUUUUAAGGUGAAAUGUGAAUGUUACCUAAUUUUAUCAUAGUUACUCCUAUAACUAUAAUAAGGCAGUGAUAAAGGAUAAAUACUUCAUUAAGGAAAUUCUUCCAUGUAUUCUCUUUAUAAUAAGAUCCUGUUACGCUAAAAUUACAUGAUAGAUAUCAAAGACUAGAAUUUUCAAUA